CUCUGCGAAGAACCGGGUACCAAAUAUCUUUCUCGCUGGCUUCUUAUCGGGUCGGGUUAUAUGUAUUAUCAGGGUUGGUUCAACCCGAAACCAUUAUUCUAUUUAGCGGUGGCGCGUGGCUGCACAUAUUAUUUUCACCCAAAAACAGAAAAACCCUAAAAUUCUCGUAAACUGAUUCGUGCUGUUUCGCAGGAGCUCAACAAAAAACCGCAAAUUUCUAGUUUGGAUCAGUGUGCUAGAGUUAUUAACAAUACUAUUGCGUCGGGAUGAAACUGAACGCUUUAAUGCAGCAGCAGGAGCCUCAGGCGGUGGCGAUCCAGAAUCCGAACCAGGCUUCAUCUGCAGAUGCACCGCCCAAGCAGGUGGCAAUGGCGAUGGAAAGGCUGACCCAAGCAGCUCGACUCAUUGCUGACGUAAGGCUUGGCGCUGACCGGCUUCUCGAAGCGCUGUUCAUUGCAGCGCAGCCUCACCAGAGUAACAAGCCCUUGCAAUUGUUCGCCAAAGAAGAUGCUGCCAUGCGUCAACAUCUCCAAGAUCUCCGAGCCGUUGGAAGGCAGCUUGAAGAAUCUGGAGUUCUUAACGAUUCUCUAAGGUCAAGAAGCAAUUCUUGGGGUUUGCAUAUGCCAUUGGUGUGUCCAGAUGGUGCAGUCGUUGCAUAUGCUUGGAAAAGGCAACUUGCUGGUCAGGCUGGUGCAUCAGCAGUUGAUAGAACUAGGUUAGCUCUUAAGGCAUUCACAGAUCAGAAAAGGCGAUUCUUUCCUCACCUCGACGAUGGACAUGACAGUCAAAGUACUGAAUCAGCAUCAAAAAAGCAUUGCAGUUCCCAAGCGCUACCAGCAAGUCUUCAGGAAGAUCUUAGUGAUUGCAAAACAUUAUCAGAUGUUCUAACACGUCUGGAAAAGGAAAUGCCAAAUUUUAAAGUUUUCACUUAUGAACGACUAGAUUGGUUGAAAAGAGCUUCUUCACUGCCAAAUUCAACAAAUGAAAGUCCUGUUGAAACAUCAAAAGGACAUACUUUUCAUACUUUAAAUAAAUUGAGAACAGGAUCACAGGGCCCUGUUACCACUGAUAAGGCUGCUGUAAUUGAACUGUUGUUUCCUUCUGUCUUCAGAGCAAUUGUGUCAUUGCAUCCAGCUGGUUCUAUUGACCCAGAUGCAGUAGCUUUCUUUUCACCAGAUGAGGGAGGCAGCUACGUACAUGCAAGAGGUUUUUCAGUUCAUCAUGUAUUCAGACAGAUCACGGAGCAUGCUGCAAUGGCACUGCAACAUUUUCUGGGGAUUGGAACUGAAACAGCACUAUAUUUCCUUUUGCACUGGAUCUGCAGCUACCAAACACUCUUUACCAAAGUUUGCAGUAAGUGUGGGCGGCUACUGGCAAUGGACCGAGAAUCAUCAUUACUGCUACCCCCAGUACGUCGGCCUUAUCGGCAUUUUUCUCCUCUGAAAGUUUCAUCAACCCCUGUCACUUCCUCAACCAAGGACCAGUUUCCAGGAGCUUAUCACAUUGGUUGCUUUUCAGAGGGCCUGUAGUUUCUCUCAGUGUAGCUGACACGAUGAUAUUUGACUACUUUUAGAUGUCUGUCUUGAUUUAUGAGGCAUUGUACAGGUCCACCCUUGGAAGGUGAUACUUAUCGUUUACCUUGGUGAGUUCUUAAAAAUUGCUAUCGCACGAGAUAUGCCUGAUUAACUAAGGGUUCACAUUCUGUAAUUAUGUUCAUUUUUUCAAAAUAUUUGGUAAUAUCAUGGAAAAGUUUUGUAUUGUUUAUGUAUGAAAACAGAAUUGUGCAAUACAUGAAGCUGUUUUUUCA